AUGGCUACCUCAACUAAAAAUGGCCAGUCAGUACGAUCUGCCAACGCGGCAUUUGCAAACACACCAGGAAACAGUGCAUCCCUCUUAUUAGAGAAAUCUCGGCCAGGUGUCCGCCGUUCGACGCCCGAUUCGGAUGCCCUUGCUUCCUCUGAUGACGAGACUGACCAUCAUCACCACGCCCAACCCCAACCUACACCUUUGGCAAACCAACGCCGCCGUACAUCCUGGCUUAACGAAGUGCCCAGCACUUUAAUGAGGAAAGCCUCACUCCCCGUCACCAGCUCAUUCUCACCAGUCAGUUCCAAUCCCACCACACCUGCAGCAGAUCAAUCAUCAUGGGGUACCGCUACAAGUCCCGGCGUCACCACAUCGGUGAACUGGGGAAAUACAUCUGGCACAGGCUCUUUUCCAUGGGGCACAGGGAUUUGGAAUACUGACAAUCGAAAGGAACCCCCCUCUCGCAUGGUCGAGGUUCUCCAGUCCCCAACAAGCUCGAACCCUCCAAAUAUGAUCAGUACCUCAGGGGAAGAUCAGAAUGGAAUUACAGCACAUCAAGCAUCUGGGGAGCCACCGAUUCCAUUUGCCAUCCCACUUCACCCAACACCCAAGACAUACCGCUCACAGUCAUACUCUGUCGGGCAGCUGGACCCAGAAUCCAGCAGUAUGCCUCCUCCUCUCGUGACUUCAAAUAAGCCCACUCCACCCAUUAGUCGCAAUAGGCCUGCUGCACAAUACUCUUCAAUCCAGCGUCGUUCUUCUCGGCCUAGCUUGUUGGAAUUAGGACAUGACCCUGCUACCUUAGGACGUGUUCGCGAAGAUGAUGACGACAUUAGUCCUAGCGGCAUAGAACCCAGCAACAAUAACUGGGCAUCUAACCAGGCACGCACCAUUGAACAGCUCACUUUAGAGAACGCAAUGUUGCGUCAAGCUGCAUCAGGCCAAGCUGAGGGUACCAACAGAUUCCGUGAUCGCACCCUCUCAUCAACAUCCGCCAACAACGGUUAUUCUAUGACUCAGACUCACAAGCUUCAUCCAAUCCAAGGCAGUGUUCCGGAAGAAUCUGAUCUGGCCAUAGAUGAUUUAGAAGACGUUGGCGGCUUUGCGGGCUACAACUCCCGCAAUAACGCCCGCAGACGUUUCAGCGAACAUUCGACCAACCUGGAAAAGCAGUUUCCUACCUUUGCGUCAUUGGAGAAUCGUACCUUGGAAAACAUCAAGCGAGCUCAGUGGCAGAGCUCACUUGGAUUUGGCAGUAUAUCUGAUGUACCUCAAAGCCGCCGCCAUUCUUUCGCCGAUACUUUGACCAGGCAUCCAUCAUCUUCUUUCCCUUCUUCAACGGAGACUCGAGCAUCGGCUGGUUCGACGUCCUCCCUCCUAACCCGUGAUGAAGGGAAUUUUACUGAAAAUGGUUUAAAUACCUCAUCUGCGGAGAUUGCUUCAUUUGUUCCUGGACAAGAGGGUAUCCCAACUUCUGGUAUUUCAACCUCCCUUCAUCAAGCGUAUGUCAUGCCAAAUACUUUCGGACGCCAGCACGCUGCCCUUGGUCAGCCCCACCAAAACCAACAGCUAUUCAUUGUUACUUUCAAGUGUUACCGUGCAGAUGUCUUCUAUAUCCAAGAGGGCACCGGCCUAGAAGUCAAAGCUGGCGAGCUCGUGAUUGUCGAAGCUGACCGUGGCACUGACUUGGGUACCGUUGCUCAUGCAAACAUUAGCUGGGCAAGAGCCAAAGAACUCAAGGACCACUAUGCCGAGGAGCAUUAUAAAUGGCUUAUGCUGUUCUCACGCCAGAAUCAAGCCGCGGGCGCUGGGUCAAUCAAUCCGAAUGCGCCUCCAUCUCUGGGCGGUGCCCCAGGCAGUGCCGUCGGCGGCAUGGGCCCUCAGUCCCAACACUCUUCUCAAGAACCUCAAGCUGCAGAAAUAAAACCCAAGCUGAUUAAGAGACUGGCUCAAAACCAUGAGAUCCAGACCCUCCGUGACAAAGAAGGAAACGAAGCCAAAGCUAAACGUGUGUGCCAGCAGAAGGUUGCCGAGCAUCGUCUCAACAUGGAGAUUCUUGAUGCUGAAUUCCAGAUGGACUGGAAGAAACUUACUUUUUACUACUUUGCCGACUCCUACAUCAAUUUUAAUUCCUUAGUUACGGAUCUUUUCAAAAUCUACAAGACACGCAUCUGGAUGUCUGCUAUUAAUCCUGCCUCCUUUGUCACUCCGUCCACUGGACUACAGCCUCCAGUUCCUGGUGCUGGGAUGAUGGGAUAUGGACAGGACGCCCACGCUGAUCGACGCCGACAACACGACUAUGGACAUUACGGCGGCCUUAACCAGGGAAUUUCUGCUCCAUAUCUAGACCCAACUAGAGACCCAGUGCAGCCGGGAAUGCGUCCCCCCUACCUUGACCCUUACCAUCCCUUUGGAGUUGCUAGACAAACUGACGCUGGGUUUGGAGCCGGAAUUCAACCUCAGACUGACCCGUUUUCUUCAUACCAGCAACCAAACUACAACAUGAUGGAUCCUAAUGCUCCUGACUUUAGCCGACUUAACGUGAGCGGCCAUAGAGCUCACCCCGGCCAGAGCGAAUGGACAAACCAAUUCCACAGUCUAUCGCUUAAUUCUUAA